AUUAUGGCCUGCAGUUAGCUGGAGAGGAGGAUUGUGCGGUGCUGUGUUCGUUAGUCGAGGACUCGAAGAGAGAAAAAGCCUUUUUAAGACACAUUUAAAAGGUCAUUAAGAAGUGGAUAUGAUGGAGCUCAUCAUCAAAGUCCUGAGCGGAGAAACGACGACCGUGUACGUGAAUCCAAGUGCCACCAUUGGUGAAGUCAAGCGACAGAUUGCCCCACUCUUUAAAGCAAGACCUUCACAGCUGAAGCUUUCCAUCUCCAAUGGACAAACCUUGCAGCUGGACCAUGACCAGAAGACCGUGAGUGAUUACGGUCUGCGUUCAGGAUCCACAGUGAUGCUGCUGAUCUGCAUGACCCCCGUGCCAUUUCAGGUGUUCGUGAAGAAUGAGAAGGGACAGACAAAAACCUACGACAUCACUGAUGAUGAGACCGUCGAUCAGUUGAUGAGGAAGAUCUACCAGAAAGAAGGAACACCAGUGGACCAGCAGCGGCUGAUCUACAACGGCCAACAGCUGGAGUGUGGCAGGAAGCUGCAGGAUUACAACAUUGUUUCUGGAAGCACCAUUUAUAUGACCCUCCGUCUGCGUGGAGGCUGAUGGGACAAAAACGCAUGAAGAUCAUUUUAGACCAAAGCAGUUGUUCUAUUUAACACAAUUAAAAUAUUCUUAGAUAAAAUACGAGUUACAGAUAAAAGUAAUGAGCAUUAUUUAUACAUUCCUUUUUCAUAAUUGCAUAUUCUUAUUUUUCCAAAGUUGCUACCAUUGUUCCCAUGUCUGAAGUGACUAUGUGUCGAUUAUUAACAAAUGACAUGAAAAUGUGAUAAAAUGAUGCAGUUAUGAUGUAUGCUUUUAAGAGAACCUUCAGUAAUAAAUGCACUUUCUUUGUGUUCGGACACUUUAUGGUUUAUUUUGUGAUGACUCUUGUAAGUUAAUUAAUUUAAUAUCUAUGUAAAUAAAAAUAUUUAUCAAAAUGA